AUGGAUUUACAAUUCGAUAUAGCAAUGCUCGCAUGAAAACUGUCCCGUCAUUGAUGUUUCCCUCGUCUCUGACUAGUCUUAAGACAGCAUUGCACUUCUGUGCUUCCAAGAACAACUUGGACAUAGCACGGAUUUUACUUGCGCAGAAGGCUUCUGCCAGGAUUCGGGACAAGCGGGGACAACUGCCAAUUCAUAGAGCUGCUGCGGUCGGCUCAGUGCCUAUGCUCAAGCUGCUCAUUGGGGCUAACAGUCCCGUAAAUGCGGCUGACAUUGCCGGUUCAACGGCUCUGCAUCAUGCAAUUUCAGAAGGUCACGGAGAUGCAGCACUGCUCCUCAUGAAGGCAGGAGCAGAAACUGAUAAACGGGAUACGGAUGGGAAACUUCCUAUCGACCUUGCACCAGAUAACAAGAUACGAGAUUUCAUCUGUCAAAGCGCCGGUCGAGAGGGUAUAGAUGUGGCUCGAGAGUAAAUUGAAGAGCGCUUGAAUGCUUUCGAAGACAAAAAGGUGA